GCGAACACGGACCAUACCAGCCAGCCAAUUCGACCAAUAUCCGCUGACAUCGUCUUCAACUUGCUGAACUCAACAUGUCUGCCACUCCGAUCCCAUCUCGUGCACAGAUCCUCGUCAUCGGCGGAGGACCUUCAGGGAGCUACGCGGCCUCUGCGCUCGCUCGAGAAGGCCUCGAUGUCGUUCUCCUGGAAGCGGCCCAGUUCCCUCGUUACCAUAUUGGCGAGAGCAUGAUUCCGUCUGUCAGAUAUUAUCUCAGGUUCAUCGAUGCCGAAGAGAAGGUGAAAGCCUUUGGUUUCGAGAAGAAGCCCGGAGCAGCGGUCAAGUUCAACCAGUACAAGCAAGAGGGCUACAGUGACUUCGUGGCCCUCGGUCCCAACGCGCACUCGUGGAACGUCUCUCGCGCGGACUUCGACGAGAUUCUGCUGAGGCAUGCCGCCGAGUCGGGCGCGGCUGUCUUCGAGCGUACAAGGGUAAACGAACUGCACUUCUCCGAGGACGAACAGCGCAGGCCGAUCUCCGCCUCGUACACUCGAGGCGAGGAGACGGGCACUAUCUCCUUCGAUUAUCUGAUCGACGCCAGUGGUCGUGCUGGCAUCUUGUCGACCAAGUAUCUGAAGAACCGCAAGUUCAAUGAGAGUCUGAAGAACAUCGCCAUUUGGGGCUACUGGCAGAGCACCGGUGGUUACAUGAAGGGCACCGGGCUCGACAGGGAAGGCGCUCCCUACUUCGAGGCUUUGACCGACGAAUCUGGUUGGGCUUGGUUCAUCCCGCUCAGCAAUGGCAAAACAUCCGUCGGCAUUGUCAUGAACCAGAAGCUUUACAACGAACGCGUGCGCGCUAUGUCAGCCGUAGAUUCCUCCGCACAGCACACCCUCCUCGAUCGCUACCUCGCAGCGCUGCCGCUGGCCCCGAACGUCUCCAAGCUCAUUGGAAAGGAGGCGGAGCUCAUCAGGGACUCGGUCGGCUUUGACGAGAAAGGCGACCGGACCACGCUCCCUACCAUCAAGAUGGCGAGCGAUUACAGCUACAGCUCCCAAACUUACGCCGGGCCUGGCUGGCGUUUGGCUGGUGACGCAGGAGCUUUCAUCGAUCCUUUCUUCUCUUCGGGUGUUCACCUCGCCUUCACGGGAGGUCUGUCUGCUGCUGCGACCGUCUCCGCGUCAAUUAGGGGUGACUGCGAUGAGGAGACGGCAUGCCGCUGGCAUACUGAGCGUGUCAGCAUCAGCUACACCCGUUUCCUGCUGGUCGUCCUCAGUGCCUACAAGCAAAUCCGUUCUCAGUCGCUAGACGUACUAUCAGACGUCGACGAGGACAACUUCGAUCGCGUGUUCAACUUCAUUCGUCCAGUCAUUCAAGGUGCGGCCGACAUGGGCGAGCGACUCUUUGCAAAGGAGGUCGACGAGGCGCUCGACUUCUGUGGCAAGCUCUUCGCGCCCGUCAGCAAGGACACCCAGCUGGCCGUCCGCCGCAGUAUGGGCUUGGACUACGAGCUCUCCAACGCGGGCGCUAUCAAGGCCCAGGACAGCGAAGCCAAUGUCACGCCCGGGAAGGACGGAGAGGGCAUCGUGGACACCAAGUACGAAGAGGAGACGAAGGAGAUCCUCGAGAAGAUCAACCAGGGUUCGGCUGUCAAGAGGGAAGAGGUCAAGGACACUGCUAACAUCAACAAUUUCGAGGAGGAGCCGAUCGACGGACGCGUUGUGCGCUUGGAACGGGGUCAUCUAGGCUUGGUCGCGGUAUGCUAA